CCAACAGAUGGUGCUAUCAGCACUAAUGGAUGCUACUAUAAGUUUUUCUUCAAUAUGGCGCAUGUUCGGGACAGUGACACGUCGUUGUGGUUACAUAAUAAGCUUGGAACAAGUAAUGAUUUAUGGUCAGGCGGGUCAAUUUGUUCACAAUUAAAUCAAGACGUACUGAGGAACAUAAGGGAAUGCUUUAUUGAGCUACAGUCCCAAGUAAAGUUAAAAUUAUUGUUGUCUUUUCUACAUAUUCCCCGGCGCAACGUUGAUGAGUGGCAAGUUGAAUUGGAAGAAAUCCUAGAGGUAGCUCUAGUAGACAGUGACCAGUGGGUCUCUAUGUUAGCAGAAUUAUUGAAAACGUACUGCAGUACAGGGAUGUUGAAUUUCAAGAUUGAGGAAAAUACAACAGUAUUUAUUGAUCUAAUUACAGAACUGAAGAAACUAGUUAGAAAACACAGUGACCAAGCCAUCCUUCCGAUGGAAUGCUUAUACUUGAACAGAAGUGCACUGACUGCUGUGGUUGGCCAACCGUUACAGCUUCUCAAGCACUUUGCACUAAAACGAAAACCUAAGUCUGCUGCUUUAAGAGCUGAACUGUUGCUGAAGUCCAGUGAAGCAGCAUCAAACAUAAAAAAAAUGCCUUUAACACCAUCAGUUCCGAUACGUUGCAGAGGAUUGUCCAAGAAUCUCUUGGAUGCAACACCGUUAAAAGGAAUUCCGAGUCGAGUACCGUCAGGAGGAUUUAGACCAGCACAAAGUGGGAUAAAUAGAUUGGGAGCUGCUCCACCAUUAGGAAGAACACUCUCCAGGCCUCCAGCUGGUAGGAAGGAUGGUGGGAUAAAGCUUUUAGACAUCAAUGAACAACCAAUAGGUUAUGGGAGAGAUGCCAAGAGAAGGAAGAAGCAACCUGAAAAUGAAACUGCUGAGCAACGCAAAGAAAAAGAUCCUAACCAGCCGCUAACGAUGGCAAACCCAUCCACACCAGACUACGCAGCAGGCUUACUGUCUUCUUCAUCUCAGUUGUCGGCAAGUGUAAUUGGAACAUCCACAAACAACACGUACCUUCCACCUAUUUCCUUGUCAACCAGUGGUGGACCAUCAGCUACAGGAAAUGCUACACCUGCCACUAACCAGGCAAGAGAGAAUUUCCAGCAAACUCUACAGUCAAUGAACACUCAACUGCAGGUUUCUCCUCCGUCUCAGGAACCGGCAAGGGUACAGCAACCGCAGGCUUCGGCAUCUGUAACGGCUAGGACGGCUACUAUUGGCAGUUUGGCUUCCAUGGGAGGAAUGACUGUGCAAGUUCACAUUCCAGGCUCUCAAACUCAGCAGGUUGGCCAACCACAGCCACAGGCUCCACCUCAGUCAGCAGUUCUUCAGCAACAAUCCCAGAAGAAAAACUUGUCUUUAUCUAAAGAGCAGAUGUUAGAAGCACAAGAAAUGUUUAACAAUUCCAAUAAGGUGACAAGACCAGAGAAAGCUCUCAUCUUGGGUUUCAUGGCUGGCUCAAGAGAAAAUCCAUGUCCUCAUCUCGGGAGUAUCGUAACCAUAAAACUGAGUGAAAAUGAAGAAACUAUUGUUCAAACUAAUGGAACUCUUCAAACUUUUAUUGUAGAAACACAUUUUCAGAUGAAUUAUAGCACUGGAGAGUGGAAACGUGUUAAAAAGUUCCAAAAACUGGAUGAGUGAUGUUUUAUUUUACUCUUGAUGUAUUUACUAUGUUAUUGGCCAUAACAUUAAAGGUGGAUAAAUAGAUAGAUAUUGCUAAGGGAAAUCACUGAAUGAUUACUUUGUAAAUAAAUGCAAUAUUUUUGUAAUAAAUUGAAUAUGUUUUCCAAAGUUAUGAGUCUCCAUAAUGGUUUACCAUUAUGAAAAUCUCUUAACUCCACAAAAACUUACGUUUUCCUAUUUUUUUGUUUUUCAGGCUUGUAUAAUUUUGCAAGUAAGUUUAGUUUUAAAAUUGAACGUGCUUUCUUGAAGAGUAUUCACUAUUAGCUUGUUUUUGUCGCACUGAUUAAAUCAUUUCAGUUGUAAAUAGAAAAAAACUUGUUGUAUUUUUGUUUUCAGAUGUUUAUUUCGUUAGGCACUUUCUCUGACCCCAAAACUCGUUUUUUUUCAUCUUGCCUGUAUAGUUUAUCCCUCUCAAACCAGGUAGAAAUGAGGAAUGUUUCAAAUGAAAUACAUGCUAUUAAUUCAGAUAAAUGUGUCAUCACGUGAUUAUACAUCCAAGUUAUGGUAUUGUGAUCUAUAACUAUACUUUGAAAAUUGUUUAUUGUAACAAAUAUUGUUGUGACUAAGAUGUUGUAUUUCAUACCCGAGAUCUGAUUUCACUCUAAUUUUGUUUUAGAAUUUUAAAACCUACUUGUCAAUAGUUUCGGAAAUAAAACAGUAUAGUAAUUUGAACAUCAGUUAUUUCUUAUUAAUUUGAAUAUAGUUUCUAGUAUUUUGUACAUCCUUUAAUCUUUCGUCAGUAAUUUGUACAUCUUUCAAUAAUAAUGUCCACAUAAUUUAAUCCUCUAAUAAUUAUUAUAGCAUCUUUAAUGUUUUAGCAUUAUUGACCUCUGUGCAACUUUUAAUACCUAAUAAUUAGCACAUUCUUUACUCCGUAAUUGUUUGAACCUCCUUUCAUCCUUUGGCAUUUAAGUCUCUUCCAAAUGUACUUCAUUUAUUGCUUAGUAAUUAGAAACGUUAAUAACAAUAAUUUAUAAUAGUUUAAUUGCUCUUUCAUUCUUGAUAACUUAAGUCUUCUUUAUUUCAUAGUAAUACUAAAAUACUUCAUUUUGUAAUAAUUCAAUUAUCUUUUAAUCCUUAAUAAUUAAAGCUUUUUUAUUUAUCAAUUUGUAAUAGUUUGAUUAUCGUUUAAUAUGAGUAUGCUCUGUUUCUUUGAAAUUUGUAAAUCCUCUAACCUAUAAUAAUUUUGAAUAUGCAUUAAACUUUGUAAUGAGAACGAGAGCAUCAAAAAUAUACCUUUUUUUCUUUAGUUACUGAGAGCAUAAUUUUAUCAUUCCAUUAACUAUGUGAAAUUUCAUAAAUAUUCAAUGACGGGAAGGCAGAGAUAACAUUGUUGAAAUCCGUAUAUAUUGAUUUAAAUUGUUAUUGCUUUAACUAUUAAAUUGCUCUGAUGCAUUUGAA